GAGAGAGAGAGAGAGAGAGAGAGAGAGAGAGAGAGAGAGAGAGAGAGAGAGAGAGAGAGAGAGAGCAUAAUUCUCUGUUUGACUGCACCCUGGUUUCUGUCAGGUGUUAAGGAAACGUUGAACAUUGGAAACACACACAAACACACACACACACACACACACACCCACACACACACACACACACACACACACACACACACACACACACACACACACACAGAAAAUGUACCUCCCUUUUGCAACCCACAAUCUAAACACUUUUUGGUGCAGUUGUAGUAUGUGUAUGUGGGUGUGUGUUUGUCUCUAUCACUGAAUGUCAUUUAAUUUAGAAUUUGUCAUGUCUUGAGUUGUGUGUGGAACUGUGUGCAAGUGAAUGUGUAUUGUGUGUCCGUGAUGAGUAUCUGUGCGUGAAUGUCUGUAUAAAGUGUAUGUGUGUGUGUGUGUGUGUGUGUGUGUGUGUGUGUGUGUGUGUGUGUGUGUGUGUGUGUGCAUACUGAUCCCCAGACGUAGAACUCAGGGUGUCGCUGGUCAGAGGUAGGAGCUGGGUGGCGCUGAUGGGUGGUGCUGACAGGUGGUGCUUGUGUUUGACUCUUGCCUUUUGGGACGCCCCCACACACACACACACACACACGCACACACACAUGCAGACCUACGUCAUCCGCGGUCGUCUAUUUAUACUCCCUUUGUGUCUUUAAAAGAACAGCGCGACUCUGCCGCACACCGGUGACUCACACCCGCGAGGAGGAAGUUGUGUGUGUGUGUCAGUGUGUGUGUGUUAGUUUGUGUGCAUUCCACCUACUAGUGAGAAAACUUCACCCAAACAGUCAAAUUCAAACUUCAGCUGGAGACACCAGAUGACACCCAGCUCAGCGUUGGUCUCAGGGAUGUUGUACCAGUUCUUCUGUGAUGAAAAUGUUCCACGCAGGCCUCGUGAGUCGCAGGAUCCACAACCAGAUGCCAGUGGAAGCUUUAAGAGGAACAUCUACAAGCACUUUUUACUGAAGAGGAUUGAGCUUUUGACGUCUUGUCUUCUCGAGGACUCUUCAGCUCCUGGAUGAACUGGACGGAGAGCAACAACCCUGCAAUCCCACCGUGUUUACAAAAUGGCAGACAGGAAAAAACUGUUCUGAUGCUUUAUUCCAAAACCCCGCACCCCUUCUCACCAAUUUCAACUUCCUGUAUCAAUCCUGGAUUAGCCAUCUGCUACGCCACAGACAUGGCUCAACACAUACUGUUUUUCUGAGAUCCGCGGGUCACCCCUGUAAGCCACACGCUGUCAAGCCUGGCAGCCCCACUGCCUUUUCAAAUCCCAUAAUUUCCAUCCUUCCCAACACAUAUCCCCCGCUCACCCGCUCCACCGACCCCACCUUCCACCGCCAAUCAAAUCAUCGGGUGAAAUGGAGUCUCACGAAUCAACUGUUGUCGGACAGAAAUGCAUAAAAAAGGAGAAGGCUCCCUUACAGAGGGGGUGGGCGUCGGAGCCUACCGCCUCCUCCAAAAGAAGCACUUACUCCAGCCCCGAUGCCUCGCGGAACUCUUCCCGUGAGGGCCAGCCCUGCGACGAGGGCCCUGGUUCGGCCUCCGGGACGCAGCAGAAGUACCCGUCGUCCGGCAUCCCAGGGAAACUGCUUCCGCCGUCACGGGAACCCCAGGGUACGUUUCCUCAGGGGUUUCCCAGGGGUUUCUCCUACCAGCUCGGUCAGCCAUACCCCCAGCACCCCCAGGCGGAGCGCUUCCACUCGGGGGCCAAACCCCAACCGGGCCUGGAGCCCCACGCCUGGCCCUUUGCCGGUCAGCUGCCCUCAGACGAACUUUACCCCGCAGGGAACCUGGGACACCCGCACAGGGCAGCGGGAGGGAGGUUCCCUCGGCAGAAAUCCCCCAGUUUGCCAAGUUCCUUCGGACAGUAUUCCCAGUCGAGCCUGGAUCCCGGCGAUGAGGGCUAUGGCAAGAAGGACCAGAAGCCCAAAAAGCCCGGUAAGUACAUCUGCCACUACUGCGGCCGGGCCUGCGCCAAGCCCAGCGUCUUGAAGAAGCACAUCCGCUCGCACACGGGGGAGAGACCCUACCCCUGUGUGCCCUGCGGGUUCUCCUUCAAAACAAAGAGCAACCUUUACAAGCACCGCAAGUCCCACGCUCACGCCAUCAAGGCCGGCCUGGUGCCGUUCUCGGAGAUGGGACUGGUGGGCCGUGGGGGGGAUCUGGACCUGGCCGGCGACGUCCAAUCGGACGGCGAGCAGAGCACGGACACGGAUGAGGAAGGAUUGGAGGGCUCCACAAUGCUGAUGGAGAAGGAGAACCCCGGGCCAAAGAUCUCCUUCGUAUCUGACAAAAGAGCAGGUGGGGUGGAACCUGCCUAUGCUGAUUCAGCGGAACAGAUGUCCAUGGGCUCCAUGAAGGUGCCCAUCCUGAUAGUCCCUAGGCCAGGAGGAGUCCCCUCUCCAGCGAUGGAGUGCCCUUCCUUCCCUGAUAUGAAGGGUCCCCCGCACCACAUGCCCGGCUCCCAGGCUGAGGCCCUGGGAAACCCUGCGGAGGACUCUCCAACCAUCAAACAGCGGCUGGCCUUGAGGCUGAAGCAAGGCCAGGAGCCGGACUCGACCCAGUCCCAGACCCAAAACCUCCUCAGCCCCCACAGCAAGGGCAGCACCGACUCCGGAUACUUCUCCCGCUCGGAGAGCGCGGAGCAGCAGAUCAGCCCGCCCAACACCAACAGCAAGUCGUACGAGGAGAUCAUCUUUGGACGGACUCACCAUGGGCCCACCUCUCGAUCCGGACAGUCCAUCACGGUGUCCAUGGCCGGUGGCGUGGCUCAGGUGGAUCCCAGUAGUCAGGCUUGCCUCAAGAAGUCUGGCGCUGUUCUGGAGAUGGGGAGGAUAGCGGAGGACUUUUAUAAGGGGGACGGAGGAAUCUCUGGAGACCCCAAGCAGUAUGCGACCGGCCCCUGCCAGAGCAGCACGGGGCUUCUGGAACCUCCCUCUGACUCGGCGACCCUUACUCGGAGCAACUCCAUGCCAACGUCCUCUCCGACCAACCUCAGCGUGCCGACCCGGAUCCAGGGCAGCCAGUCCUUCGACGAGAUGAUGACGUCGGACGACGUGUUCUACCCGGCCGGCCUGCGCAGACUCCAGAGGCAGGCGGCCUUCGAGCUCACCCACCACGAGGCCCACGCGGUAGAGGCCGAGGUGUACGGCCACGUGCCCAAAAACGUGCUCAUCGCAAUGGGCCCCAAGAUGGGGGAGCGUAGCCCGGGCCUCCCAGAGCACAUCGCCUACAGUCCCUAUGGGACGAAAGUCGGGAUGGCGGAGAACGCCACGAGGAAGAGGAGGAAGCAGAAGAGUGUCGGCGAUGAGGAGGACAGCCCCGGCCAGUGUGACAGCAGUUGCAGUGGCUCGGUGGAGAUGAUCGGGGACUAUGACUCCAAACACGGGAGCAUGGACGGAUCCAGGGGCACCCCUACAGGGAAGGGCUCUCUAUACAGCGCACACAGUCAAUCGGACAGCUUCGACACCUGUGCCAGCAUGUGCUCUGAUGACAUGGUGCUUCUCCCGGACUCGGAGGGCAGAAAGGCGGUGGCCAACGUCAUAUCAGUCAUCCAGCACACCAACUCCCUGAGCCGACCCAACUCCUUCGAGAAGUCUGAGUCCUUUGAUCAGCUGGCCUAUCACCCCGCGGAGAAGGCCCUGUGCAGCCAGUACUCGGAGCAGUCGGACCCCGACAUCUUUGAGGACGCCCUGAGCCCCGAGUCCACCAUGCAGCGGACGGAGAGCAUGGAGCAGCAACUGCUGAGCGACAGCGACCUCGCCUCCGUCUCCUCGUCCCCGAGCACGACAGCCUCUCCCGGACAGCCCUACCACAUCCCCCACAAGCUGGUGCGGCAGCCCAACAUCCAAGUCCCCGAGAUCAGGGUGACGGAGGAGCCGGACAAGCCCGACAAGGAGGCGGAGGCCUUGCUGGCCAGCGAGCCCGAGAGGCAGGAGAAGCAGCAGCAGCAGCUGCCACACGUGGUGGAGGAGUUCCAACUGCCCCAGAGGAGCGACACGCUGUCCCAGAUGCCCUCCGAGAAGCUGCCGCCGAAGAAGAAGCGUCUGCGCCUGGCGGACAUGGAUCACUCGUCAGGGGAGUCCAGCUUCGAGUCCACCUGCACCAGCCUCUCCCGCAGCCCCAGCCAGGAGAGCAACCUCUCCUACUACUCCUCUUUCUCCAUGUCGUUCGAACGAGAGGAGAACCUUAAGUCUGGGUCGCCGACAAAGCAGGAGGACGCUUCAAGCUGCUGCGGUACGGGUACCGCUAGCAAGCAGUCGGAGUUCCUGACGGUGCCGGGCAGCGGCCACUCCAGCCACCACCAGCAGAGGGAGAUGAGGAGGUCUUCGUCGGAGCAGGCGCCCUGUGCUCUCGCCACGGAGUUCCCUGAAAUGCGCAGCAAGUCCUUCGACUACGGGAGUCUUUCGCCGGGGUCCAGGCAGGGGGAGAUGUACAGCAGUGCGUCCGCCAUGAAGGAGCGACGACGAGGCUAUCUUGUCCGACAGGCGUCACUCAGCGUGUACCCGGAGGCGGGCCCACCGGAGCCCGGGCCAGGGGAGUCCUCGGUCAGACCGGAUACGUCGGACCACGGGUUCUGGCCGGGUCAGGGGGGACCGGGUCAGACCAGCGCCGAGCUGGUCAACAAGAUCAAAAGGACCUCAGUCGGUAGUGGUGGCCUGGCCUCCCUCCAUCAGCACCUCUUGCAGAAGAGCAUCAGUGAGGACAGCCUUCAGGACGGCCCAACCAAUCAGAGGUCCUCCCACCACCGCCUGCAGAAGCAGGGCUCCUCCAUGGACUCGGACCCCCAAGGUCAAGAGGUCGCGACCUACCAGGCCCACCAGCCCUCGGGCCCGCCCUUCUGGGCCCCGGAGGGGGCCCCCGCCCAGCGGCCCCGCCUGCACCACGGCUUCCAGGCGCCACAGCAGUAUCCUAAUCCCCACAGCCGGACCGCGGCCGACAGCCAAUCGGACGGCUGCAACCCCCCCCAGGUUUACUCAGCGUCGCGAGCGUCCUCACACAACCCCACGCAACACCAACACCAACAACAACAACAACAACAACAACAACAACAACAACAACAACAACAACAACAACAACAACAACAACAACAACAGCUGUUCCGCUCGCUGUCCCCUAAGCUCUCCAGCUCCUCCUCCUCCACCUCCUCCUCCCCCUUCUCCUCCGGUCCUACACUGCUCCAGCAGGUCCAGCCGGUCUUCGCCACCCAAGCAGCGCUGACGGGUUUCCAGGCGACGGCGCAGGGCGUUCUGGUGCCGGUGCGGGUGCCCACCCACGUGCCGUCCUAUGGCAGCGUGACGUACACCAGUGUCAGCCAGCUGCUGACCAAUCACAGCGGGGGAGGAGGAGGCGGACAGGGGCUCAUCAGGUUGGGAGGCACCAGCACCACCGGCAGUGCCGUGGGCGUCGCCGUCGCCGUCGCCCAGGCGACCGGCGGGAUCUCGGGGGGGAUCAGCGGGACAGGCUUCAACCUGUUCAACUUCCUGGGUCAGCCCGACAUGGCGGGCGCGGCGGCCGCGUUGCUGCGGCAACACCCGCUCUCCUCCUCCUGCGACGCGUCGCCGGGGCAACGGCUCACCACGGGCAUCCCGUUGUCGCUGACGACGGGCACGGUGUCCACCACGGACGCGUCGGGCGCCGGGAUAGGCGGCAGCAAGCGCAUGCUGUCCCCCACCGGCUCCUCGGAGCUCUUCUUCCAGACCAAGCAGCAGAAGCGCGUGAAGGAGGAGCGCAUGUACGGCCAGAUCGUCCGCGACAUGAGCGCCGUGGAGCUGAGCGGGGCCGGGGGCCCCGCGGCCGCCGGCCCCCCGCGGCUGAAGAGCGAGGGCUCCGCGGACGAGCCGCCGGAGAGGAUGACCUCGUCCCCGCCCGCCAAGAUCUCCGUCCCGGUGCGCUCCUCGGCGCCCCACCUCCCCGACAUCCCCCCCGCCGAGAGCUUCACGCCGCCGCUCCAGAUCGUCACCGACGCCGCGCCGGGGCCCCCGGCGGGCGGCCGCGACUCCCCCGAGGCCCUGGACGUGGACCCGGCCUCCUCCAGCCCCGAGCGCUGCGGCAGCCCCCAGUCCAUGGCCUCGCUGUCCAACGACGAGGCCGACGACGGGGAGCCCACCGGGCCCACGCCGGCCGCCGACGCGGGCCCCCCCGCGGCGGCGGGGCCGCUGGCGCGGCACGCGCCGCGCUCGCCCUCGCUGGCGGCCGAGGUCCAGCGGCUCCUCCAGUUCCCCAGCCUGCGCACGGCCACCGCCGUCAGCUGGUGCUUCCUCAACUACACCAAGCCCAGCAGCGGGGAGGCGGAGUCGCCGCGGGCGUCGGCGUACGCCUCGUGGUGCGUGAGCGCCUACAACCCCAACCCGCUGGGCCUCAGCACCAAGGCGGCGCUGGCGCUGCUGCGGUCCAGCCAGAGGCGGGGGGCCCAGACCUACAGCACGGCCGCCAUGGGCCCGCCCAGCUCGGGCAAGCUUGUGUCCUCCGUGUCCUGGAGGCUGCGCUUCGACCAGUUGAAACCAGAGCUGAUGCCGGUGGAGGUGUGUAAGCUGGUGAGGAAGAUGAAGGGGGUGGUGUCCCGGGAGAGAUCCAAGGAGGAGCAGAGCGAGAAGGAGGUCUCCACCAAACCCAUCCCUGUAGAACACACCCGCAUCAAGAUCUUCGAGGGCGGGUACAAGUCCAACGAGGACUACGUGUACGUGCGCGGGCGCGGCCGAGGGAAGUACAUCUGCGAGGAGUGUGGCAUCCGCUGCAAGAAGCCCAGCAUGCUGAAGAAGCACAUCCGCACGCACACCGACGUCAGGCCCUACGUCUGCAAGUUCUGCAACUUCGCCUUCAAGACCAAAGGGAACCUGACCAAGCACAUGAAGUCCAAGGCGCACAUGAAGAAGUGUCUGGAGCUGGGGGUCUCUGUGUCUGCAGUGGAGGACAUAGACGCAGAGGACGGAGAUGUUGGCGAGGAGGGCCAGAGGGGUUCUGGGAAGGCCGGGGGAGGCAACAUGGCCGACCACCAGUUCUCCGACGCCGACGACUCGGACGGCGGGGACGACGACGGAGACGACGUGGACGACGACGACGACGACGACGACGACUACGACGGCGACUCCACGCCCAAGUCCCGCUCGCGCUCCACCAGCCCGCUGCCGUACGGGCUGCCCUCGAUGUCCCUCACCUCGCUGGCCGCCUCCCACCCGCACCUCCAUCACCACGGCAACGCCUCCGCCGCCGCCGACCUCCUCGGCCACGCGGGCAAGCCGCCGCUGUUGGGCUACCUCACCACCGUGCCCAGCAUCCAGAUCACGCCGCAGGCGGACCGGGAGGCCAGCCGGGCGCAGUACCACCGCGCCCUGCAGGGGGCGCUGGGGGGCCGGCUGCUGGCACCGCCCUGCUCCUCCUCCUCAAUGGACGAGGACCUCCCCUCCCCUCCGCCGGACCCCUACUCCUCGUCCUCCCGCCUCUCCUCCCCGGGGCUGGACCCCGCCUCCUCCCCCUCCUGCUCCCCCUCCUCCUCCCACUCCUACUCGCCGGGGCGGUACCUGUCGCCCCGCCGCGACCUGUCGCCCUGCGCCGGCCGGCUCUCCCCCCGCCGGGACCUCUCGCCGCUCAGGCACAUCUCCCCCAAGAGGGAGCUCGGGGUGGGGGGCUACCGCCGGGAGCUCUCCCCCAGGAGGGAGCUCUCGUCGCGGGGACACCUCUCGCCCACGGCCUCCGCCCUCUCCAGCCCCGGCUCCCCCUCCGGGAGGGACUACAAGCGGGACUUGUCCCCGCGGGGCCGGCAUAGGGGCCCCAUGCGCCCGCUGUCCCCUCGGCGAGGACUCCACCAACACCACCACCACCACCUCCAAAGCCACCAGACAGGCCAGCACGGUGGCCCGUGGAGCCCCAGACAGGGCCACCAGCCUGGGCAGGGGAGCCAGGGAGAGCUGGGGGACCUGGGACAUCCAGCCGGCUCUGGAGCUCAGAUGGAGAUGGACCACAGGGCGGGUCCCAUGUCGUCAGGGCAACAGGACCAGGGCCGUCGCCAUGGUCAGCCGUCAAGCCCGCCCCACCAGGUGCUGUUUAGCCACCUCCCCCUCCACUCACAGCUCCAGGCAAGCUCUUCACACACGCAUGUGAACGUUAAAUAGAU